AGUUCUACUGCUAGUACUGUCGAUUGAGGGCAUCAGAUUAUCACAGUUAGAGAUGCAGGUGUUUGGGAGGACUGCUUAUUGCGAAUCAGGGGUUAUCAGAUGCUGUAUUUUACCGACUGGUGAACUGACCUCACCCUGAGAUUGGCACUUUUUAAAGAGAGGAGACAUCAGAAGGGCAUAUACCCAAGGGAAGAUUAUUACUACAACUGAUUGCAACACCAUAGAGAAAGAGCAUCAAUAUUGCCAUUCUCGACGGACACAAAUUAUUCCACGUAUCGUUAGCCAGUUCAUAGUUGUCAUUACCAACAACAUGUGUGACAAUGUCUUUAAAUGCAACGACAAAAUCUCGUCAAGUUCACGUCACAUGACAUGACUUCAGCUCACAAACGUAAAUGUUGGGUUCAGGAAAAUCGGAUUUGAAAUUGAAUUCGGAGAAUUAUCUCACAAAUGUCCCCACAGGAGGUAGAUAUGGAUGUAGUGGUGGCCAAAAUCAUCUCCCUGAUCAUAUCGACAGGAGUAUCCGUCCUCUUCGGACUUACCCCGUGUAAAUUGUACCAGCAUUUUGCCAAAGACAUCACACGGAUUCGGAAGGCUGUGGAUUAUUCGAUAUCGUCCAUGAAGUGUUUUUCCGGGGGUAUAUUUCUAGGAACCUGUUUCUUACACCUAAUUCCAGAAACCCGUAAUAAAAUAGAAGCAGUUAUGACACAGUCGCGUUCGUAUUCACAGUACCCUGUAGCAGAACUUUUGACUGUUGUUGGGUUCUUUGGCGUUUUGUUCAUGGAACAUGCCAUUAGAUCUUUAUAUAAAAAGCUUCAACGUUUAACUGACAGAGAUCGAGAAUAUGGUGAAGGAGACAUGUUUACAUUUAGUAGUUGUAGACUGGGAGGAAGUGAAAGUGAUCUCGAUGAACAGAGCAUGAAUUCUAUUAAUAUGCAGGAUACUUUACAGGCCGAACAUAACACGUUUAUAAAAUCAGCGGAACAAGAGGAAACGAAAGAGGCCCCGGAGUCUGAUAUCGAACCCGCUCCGCUCCAAGACUUACCAGUCAAGACAGUGGUAUCGGAGCUCAGCAGGGGAGAUGACUCUGGAAAAGGUCAGAUGAGGUCAGCUAUUUUUAUCACAGCCUUGUCUUUUCACGGUGUGUUCGAAGGGAUGACCCUUGGACUUCAGAGCAUGGAAAGUAAUGUGUGGGUUUUGUGUUUUGCCAUUACAAUACACCGUGGGAUUUUAGCUUUUGGAAUGGGACUGGAUCAUAUGAGAAACGAUGUCAAACAUCGUACAAUGAUCUUCAGUGUGUCUUCGUUUUCCGUAUUAGCAGCGGUGGGAAUUAUAAUCGGGAUCGCCAUUUCGACAGGUGCACAACUUUAUGAAGACGUUUUACUUCCGGACGCAAUUUUGCAGAGUCUUGCAACAGGGACUUUAUUCUAUAUAAUCUUUUUUGACAUUCUUUACAAAGAACUCAAUGGAAACAAGGAAGUUAAAAAGUUAUCAUGUGUUUUCGUAGGCUUUUCUGUCAUGGCCAUAAUAUUUGCCGUUACACGAAGGUAACAUUCCGCAUUUGGUAACAUUCCUUGUUUUAAUUUAGCUUUUUUAUUCAUAAAAUCGCUGAAACAGGGCGCUAUAUUUUGCUAAGGUUUUGUAAUAUUCAUAUAUGUAUGUAUAUUUGUUGCUUAAUAACA